UUUUAAUAUUUUUGUGAUCCACACUAAUCAUCUAGAACCGCCGCCCUGUCCACCGGAGCCGCCACCCUCCACCACCACCACCACCACCGCCACCGCAGUCUGCUAACCCUCGAAAGUUAGAUUACAGUGAAUCCGUGAAGGUGAUAUUCUAAAGAGUCGAAGAUUUCCAUCGGCAACGACAAGAAUAACCCUCAUCCUGUUAGUUCUUUGUCGUUCAAUUCCGACGACUCCAGAAUUGUUGCAUCUGGAUAACUCAUAAUUGGUCAGAGCGUUGCAAAAUAUAAUAUAAAAUGGCAGGGAUGAACAAUUCGAGUGAACCGAGCACUGCACCCCAAGCUGAUCGAUGGUACAACCUGACCCUAGGCUCCUCCUUCAGCAAUCACAAUCCCUCGAAAUUCUGCACUUUUCGCUAUGAGUUCAAGCCAGCAUCAAUUGAUAAGAAUCAGCGAGGCACCCUGCACAAGAGCAAAGAUAAUAAGGUUGCCGUGGAGUUCCAGAAUAUACAACCUGGGAAGCCUAAGGUAACCUUUGAGGGCACUAGUGAGGAUUGCAAGGACAACGAUGCUGUUCUUUUCUUUGAUGGCGAGUCUUUUCGGUUGGAGCGAUUGCACCGUGCUGUCAAGCGAUUGAGGCAUAAUCGGAUGAUGGGUGAAUCUGCAGGGCCAGGACCAGGGGUUCCAUCAGUUGGAAUGGCAGAUCCAAGUUCGCCACCGAUUGCGAAAGGGAUUAAGCAUCAGCCUUUGGACAAGGACCCAUAUCCUGCUCUGCCUGUUGAAGUUGAACGAAUUGAGAUUGGAGACUACAAAACCUCGGAUGCAAAGCCUAGAGUGGAGAAGACUGCUGAAAUCCCUGCUGCGCAGCCAAACUCAUCAAACCCGUCACCGGAGUUGCAGAUUGACGACCGAGAGGAAGAAGAUGAUCUGGAUAUAAUGAAUGAUGAUGAUGAUGGCAAUCCACCACCUCAUGGAGGGACUGUCGAAGUAAAAGAGCUUGACUUCGACAUCAACAUACCACAUCAAACUGACACAGAUGAGGAGAUUGGUGAUAUUGACAUUGAUGUUAGCGACAACGAAGCUGGUAAGGGACCAAAUGCUGAAAAUGCACAAGCAAGAGAAGGCCAGACUUCGAGCUCGAGCAGCAGCAGCGGGAGUGAGAGUAGCAGCAGUGGAAGCGGAAGCAGGAGUAGCAGCAGCAGCGAUAGUGAUAGCAGCGAUGCGGAUUCUGUUACCUCCAUCUGAAAAAACUCAUAAAUUGAAAGGCCUCCUCAUAUUGGGAUAUACAGAUCAACUUAUUGUUCUUUUCCAGAUGAUGCUAGAAUUGUUUAUUUACACUUUCAAAUGUAGGUUUUUUUUAUAUGAUCUAGUUAUGUACUGUACUUGAUAACACUUAUGUUAUAUUUAAUUUAGUGCGGCACAUAAAAAUAGAUUGGUAAAAGGGAUGAUGUUUUACA